AUGGCACUGGCGAAAUAUUUUCAUCUUUCAAAGUCGAGGGAUAGAUGCUUUUGGCUCAGAAAAAUCUCAUUUUUAACUGGCUCGAACCGGCUGGUCCGCACUUGGUCAAACCCAAUUCAGCUAGCUGGACCGCUCAGAUCGACUGGUUGUUGCGGCUGUCUAGCACGGUGCGGCUCGUUGAGACCUAGGUCUCGGCCUGGUCGGGGCUGCUGGGACGGCAAGGCACGCUGCAGGCGCAGCUGGCGAGUGCUGGCGCACGGGCGCGCAUGGCACGACUGCUGGUGGGAUGCUGCGGGCGACUAUGGGACGCUGAAGGAAUGUGCAUGGGCGCUGGCACAAGACGGGCACGUGGGCACUUCAGGGCACUGCGCACGGGCACUAGGCACGUCUGCGGGCACAAGGCUCAUAAUGCUCUGGUCGCACGCGGUCUCCUUGGGCCGCGCGGUCUUCUUGGGCUACGCGGUGUCGGCGGCUGCGCUCGGUUGUACUAAGGAGUGUGCGGCUGCAAACUUGCUAAGGGCUGGGGAACUUUCUCUCGAUGAAAUUUCCUAA